GCCCGGCGUGGACGCCGGCGUGGUCCCCAUGGAGUUACCUUAGCGGAGCCCGCAGCUCCGGGAGCAGCGGGGAUGAGCGGCGCGGAGGCCGACCGCUGGGCGUGGCUGCUGGUGCUCAGCUUCGUGUUCGGGUGCAACGUCCUCAGGAUCCUCCUCCCUUCCUUCUCCUCCUUCAUGUCCAGGCUGCUGCAGAAGGAUGCAGAGCAGGAGGCACAGAUGAGAGCAGAGAUCCAGGACAUGAAGCAGGAGCUUUCCACUGUCAACAUGAUGGAUGAAUUCGCCAGAUACGCCAGGCUAGAGAGGAAGAUCAACAAGAUGACGGAUAAGCUUAAAACUCACGUGAAAGCUCGGACAGCACAAUUGGCCAAGAUAAAAUGGGUUAUAAGUGUUGCCUUCUAUAUAUUGCAAGCUGCCCUCAUGGUGUCGCUCAUCUGGAAGUAUUAUUCUGUCCCUGUGGCUGUGGUGCCAAGCAAAUGGAUAACUCCACUAGACCGCCUGGUAGCAUUUCCUACUAGGGUAGCAGGUGGUGUGGGAAUUACCUGUUGGAUUUUAGUCUGUAACAAGGUCGUGGCGAUUGUGCUUCACCCUUUCAGCUGAAAGAAGACGAUUGUGGCUACGGCAUUUUAAAGAAUGGAUUUUCACUUAGUAGGUUAAAAAUCCAAUUUAUACUUUUUUUUUUCUUUUUUAAGGAAACAAAAGCACAUGUUAGUUUUUUUUGUUGAAUGCUUUUGUUUUUGGAUUUUAUGUGAGAUAUGAGAGUAAUGAUUCUGUGACUUGUCACUGCACCGGAAAGCUGGUCUCACAUGUGUGUCCUGGCAAGGCCCAGAUUUGUUACCAGAAGUGGCCUGUGCGGCCACGUUCCUUGAGGUGUGUGCACUGUGGGCAUAUUUUAAAGGUCACAUUGCCAACUGGAAGGUCAAAAUUUUCUAAUGUAAUUACUUUAAAGACUUUGCACUAUUUUUGAUCCAGAUUAGAAAACAAUUUAUUUCCCCCCCCUAGAAAACAAUUUAAUUUUACUAUCACUACUAGAAUUUGAAAUCUCCUGUAGUACUACUAAAAGAGUAACACUAAUUGACAUUAUUUGUGUGUUUUUCUCUGUUUAAAAUGUCAUUCGUUGGGCAAGCCUUCCUAUAGUAUUAUUUACUUAUUUGGAGUUAUCUUUUUGUAACUGUGUUUUGUAAAUGUGUUCAUGAGAUCAUAAUGCAUUGUUUUAUGCUCACAUUGUGUGUUUUAUAUUUAAAACAUUUCAGAUGAAGUGUGUUUUAUAAGCAUUUAAUAUUUGUGUUCUGUAGAAUGGAACAAAUUUAAAAACAAACCAGGAAUUCUGAUUAAAUUGAGUGGAUACAUCUUUUAAAACACUUCUUUUUUUUUUUUUUUUUACCAUUCUGUUGCUCUUCUUUUUGAAUUAUAAUUGAUGUAAAACAUUAUAUUAGUUUCAAGAGUACAACAUAGUGAUUUGAUUUGAUAUUUGUAUUCACUGUGAAACGGUCACCAUAGUAAGUCUAGUUUCUCCACGUAAAACACUUUUUUAUAUUAAAAUUUUUGCAAGGGCUUGUGUGACUUUUCCUUCCUUAGAGCCACUUACUUGCUGUGACAAGUUUGUAACUGUGACAAGUGACUGAGGACAUUAACCUGUUAACUCGGGGGCCAUAGACCUGUGAAGC